AUGCAGGUGCGCCGCGACAACUUCCCGGCGGUGCUCCCGCACUUCCAGGAGCUUCUGCGGACGUGCGACUUCUACGCAAUAGAUGAGGAGAUGACGGGCAUCGGGGUGCCGGAGGUGACGGAGACGAUCACGUUUGCGCCGUCGGAGACGUACCACUCGAAGCGGCUUGCGGCAAGCCGAUACUCAAUCAUCCAGGUCGGCGUGUGCCUCUUCCGUCGCAUCCCCGUAUCGUCUGGUGCCACCGCUGCCGGUGUCGGCACGCCGGCGGCGCCGCGCUACGCGGCAUACCCGUUUAACUUUCUGCUCUUCCCGCAGUUUGCAGAUGACUACACGGCCGAGGAGCGCGCCGGCGACGUCGUGGUGAGUCCGUCGGCGCUCGCCUUUCUGCGGCGCCACGGCAUGGACUUUCAGAGGUGGGUGUACGACGGCAUGGCCUUCUGCGAUGCGUCGCGCGAGGCGGCUCUGCGCGCGCGGCUGGCGGCGGCGGCGGCGUCACAGUCGGAGACGACUGCAGAGCCCCUCUUCACGGAUGCGGAGAGGGCGUGGCUGGAGGAGGCGCGACAGACGGCGCACGCGCUGGUGCGGCGCGUGGAGGCGGCGUGGGCGGCGGCGACAUCGGAGGCGCGGCAGCAGAAGGCGGGCAGGGUGUCGUUCCUGGCGUCGGUGGCGGUGGAGGGCGGAAAGGAGGCGGUGCUGCCGGUGCAGGCGAGUCGCGCGGCGCGUGAGCAACUGGAGCUGGAGCUGGGGCGCGAGUGCCCACAGGUGUCGGUGCGCUCGCGGCGGACGGGGUCGAGUGGGUAUGUGGUGACGCUGGCGGUGCUGUCGCCGGAGGAGGUGUCGAAGAAUGCGUGGCGGAGGGCGCAGAAGGAGCGGCGGCAGCUGCUUGACACCGUCGGCUUCCGACUUGUCUUCACGGAGCUGGUGAAGAGCCGUAAGCCGUGCGUGGGCCACAAUUGCUUCGCCGACUGGCUUUUCCUCAUGUCCGCGAUGGACGGUGCGCUGCCGGAGCAGCUGCCGCAGUGGAAGGCGCGCGCGCGAGAGCUGUUUCCGUGCAUGUGGGACACGCGCUACCUCGCGUCGCGCCGCGAUCUGUUUCCGGGUGGCCGGUUUGGCAGUAUCAGCCUUAGCGGCCUGCACGAGGCGUACUUGGGAGCGUCGCCGCACUGCACAGUUGAGCUGCCGCUGGGCUUUGAGGGGUACGAUCCGGUGACGCUGCUGGGGCGCGGCGGCAGCGACGCGGCGCACGAGGCUGGGUAUGAUGCGCUUAUGACGGGAACGGUGCUGCUCAACCUGCUGGGCGAGGUUGGAUACACGGUGGAGACGGCGCCGGCGGAGCUGAGCCAAAAGCUGGCGCUCUUUCGUUCUCUCUAUGCCGUGGACCUGCGCAGCGAUACGGCGGACGAAUAUAUGGCGACGGAGGCUGGGGUGCUGGAUCUGGAGCACGCGGCGAAGGUGAAACCGCACCACAUCGAGUCCUUUCUGGCGACGCAGGACGUGACAGAGGUGUCGCUCUACAGCGUGACGGAUGGGCGGACGCUUGGUGUGCUGCCGGCUGACGCGCCGUCGGCCGAGGUGCUGGCGCGGCGGCUGAACGAGAAUUGCUCGCGCCUGCUGCGCGCCGCACCGUAUGUGCCGCCACAUCUGUGCCAAGGGUCGCCGGGCGCGUCUGGGAGGACGGCGACGGCGGCGGCGGUGUCGACAUUUCCGAUGCCGGCGCCGGAAGGGCUGCUGCGUGGUGGUGGGGCGAUGCGGCGCACGAUGCAGCGGCUGAUGCGGUGUCGCCGCUGGUGA